GCCAGUCCAAGCCCCGCCCUCGGGUCCUAACGCGAGGCUCCCGCAGGGCUGUCCGCGGCCGCGCCGGGCUCCGCCUGCCGUGUGGCCCGUCCGGACAGUCUCUCACCCCGGCCUGCGCUGCUGCGUGGACUCGGGCCUCAGGAAAUCCGCUGCGGCCCAAGGCUUGCCGUUUGACGAGGAGCAGUCGCGGUAGGCGGUGGGCAAGGCUGCCCUGGGCGGAGGCCGAGGCGCAGCUCGGGCUCCAGCAUGGCGACCGUGGUGCGCGCUGUGGGCUGCCUCCCCGUGCUGUGUAGCGGGACGGCAGGACAUUUAUUGGGGAGGCACCGUUCCCUAAACACCUUACCAGCAGCUUCCAUUUUGGCCUGGAAGAGUGUUCUCAGCAGUGGCCAUUUGUCACCACUGGGAACCAGAGACACCCAUCCCUACGCCAGCUUGAGCCGUGCACUGCAGACACAAUGCUGUAUUUCUUCUCCCAGUCACCUGAUGAGCCAGCAGUAUAGACCAUAUAGUUUCUUCACUAAAUUGACUGCAGAUGAGCUGUGGAAAGGCGCUUUAGCGGAGACUGGUGCUGGAGCAAGAAAAGGAAGAGGCAAAAGAACUAAAAAGAAGAGAAGAAAGGAUCUGAACAGGGGUCAGAUCAUUGGUGAAGGGCGUUAUGGUUUUCUAUGGCCUGGACUGAAUGUCCCUCUUACGAAAAAUGGAGCAGUGCAGACCAUUGCCCAAAGAAGCAAGGAAGAGCAGGAGAAGGUGGAGGCAGACAUGAUCCAGCAGAGAGAAGAGUGGGACCGAAAGAGGAAGAUGAAGGUUACACGGGAGCGAGGAUGGAGUGGAAACUCAUGGGGAGGCAUCAGUCUUGGCCCCCCUGACCCUGGUCCCAAUGGAGAAACAUAUGAGGAUUUUGAUACCAGGAUACUUGAGGUAAGAAAUGUUUUCACUAUGACAGCGAAAGACGGAAGAAAGAAAUCGAUCCGUGCCCUGGUGGCUGUGGGGAACGGAAAAGGAGCUGCAGGUUUUGCUGUUGGGAAAGCCACUGAUCGGAUGGAUGCUUUCAGGAAAGCAAAGAACAGAGCAGUUCACUAUUUGCAUUAUAUAGAACGAUAUGAAGACCAUACAAUAUUCCAUGAUAUUUCAUUAAGAUUUAAAAGGACGCAUAUCAAGAUGAAGAAACAACCCAAAGGUUACGGCCUCCGCUGCCACAGGGCCAUCAUCACCAUCUGCCGGCUCAUUGGCAUCAAAGACAUGUAUGCCAAGGUCUCUGGGUCCAUUAAUAUGCUCAGCCUCACCCAGGGCCUCUUCCGUGGGCUCUCCAGACAGGAAACCCAUCAACAACUGGCUGAUAAGAAGGGCCUCCAUGUUGUGGAAAUCCGGGAGGAAUGUGGCCCUCUGCCCAUUGUGGUUGCCUCCCCCCGGGGGGCCUUGAGGAAGGAUCCAGAGCCGGAAGAUGAGGUUCCAGACAUCAAACUGGACUGGGAAGAUGUGAAGACUGCGCAGGGAAUGAAGCGCUCUGUGUGGUCUAAUUUAAAGAGAGCCGCCAUGUAACCUUUCUGGCCUUGUGCAGCCAGUUCCUGUGCUGCCCCGAACCUAGGAGAGGCAGCCCCUCACAGCUUGGGGUGUUGCCUUGCCUUUUGUUUGUUUUGAGGAAAGUUUAAUCUUUAAACUCUUUAGAAAUAAAUAAUUAUACUUUCA